UACUUUCAGGUCACAAUAGUUGUGGAACUGUCAAAACAUCACAAAUGGUGUGCAAAUUAAACAAAAUUUAAAUAUGGAUCCGAGUUUGCUGUUUUACUUAAGCUCUAGUGAAAGUGAGGAGAACGAAAAAAUUAUACGGAGACAGCUUAGAGAAAGGAGUAAUCCCCUGGCUUUAUCAAACAGAGUUUUCUUAAAACGGUUUCGUUUAACCAAAGAGGCUUUCAAAUAUGUACUGCAGAGCUUAAAUUUAAAGCAGACGGAUGCAAAAGCUGUGGCUCCAGUGAUACAAUUAGCUGCCACUCUUUCUCUUCUGGCAAGCGGAGGUUAUCAACAUAGCAUUAGCAGUGACUACUUAGUUGGCAUGAGCCAAAGCACUUUCUCGAAGUUGACUUCCCAUGUCCUCCUCGAGAUGGAAAACAAGUUGUGUCCACAGCACGUACAAUUUGACCCAGGAGAUUCGUCUAGAUGCAAAAAGUGGUUUGCGGAUAAAUAUAAAAUAGAUGGAGUCAUCGGUUGCGUUGAUGGCACGCAUAUUAGAUUGCAAAAACCCUCAGCGGACGAUAAUAUGUACCUCAAUCGGAGAGGGCACCAUAGCAUCAAUGCUAUGAUAAUUUGCGAUCACACUUACAAAAUCUUGGCAAUCAACUGUCAAUUCGGUGGUGCAGCUCAUGAUUCCUUCGUGUGGAAGCAUUCAGACCAAAGGCGAGUUUUGAAAGAACGAUUUGAGCGUAACAGACAGGAGAAUUCAUAUCUAUUAGGAGACUCGGAAUAUCCACUUGAACCGUGGUGUAUAACCCCUUACAAGAAUCCUUUGGAUGGCUCAAGCGAAUGUAUGUUUAACGAUGUUCACUCCAAGGCAAGACGUGUCAUUGAACGAACUAUUGUUAUUUUAAAAAGACGCUGGAGAAUAUUAGAGUACGGCAAAAAAGGAAGAUACCAUUUUACAAAAGUGGCAAGAUUUGCCAAUGUGUGUGCAGCGCUACACAAUAUCUGUAUACAGUUUAAAAUUAAUUACAAUCCUCGUAACUACGAAUCCGACCAAAUGACCGAAGUUGAGGCUAGUGAAUCAAAUAAAUUCACUGCAAUUGGUCAAACAAUAAGAGACCAAAUAAAGCACUCGCUUUUAGAAUUUACCUAAAUUUCAAAUUGGUAUGCAUACACACAUAUAAGUACUUUUAAAGCUGUAAAUAUUAGCAAUAAUUAAAAAACAGAAUUUGGACAGUACCAUUACAAUAUUUCAUUUCAUUUCAUUUCAUUUA